UUUAACGGUGUCGCCUAUUUCUAUGGGAUCAUAGUUAAGUUGAACAUCGAUGACACUCGUAAAGUUCGCUGUGAAUACUCCGUACACCAGAAGCGUAUCAGCAGUGUCUGCACCCGUAUGCCCUGAUCUGAACUGCACUGGCCAAGCUGCUUGCGAAUUUGUCGUUUGUCCAUGCGGGAGCUAUCGUCCAGAAUGCUCGUGCUGCGACCAGUGCUUUACGUGUCCCGGUGCUUACUGCAGCCUCAUCCCGCCAACAGUGUGUUCCAAUGGAAUGUGCAAGCUACACGAAGGAUUAAGCUUGAACAAGGCUCUUAACAGCAGGGGACCGCAUGGAAAGUGCCCGUGAAGACCUGUCAAACGGACUGAAUCUGUGGCCGUGAUCAGGUUCAAAUAAAUGACGUGUAUUACCUCAACUAUAGGAAUAUAUAGGAAUAGUUAUAGGACCUGUUGAUAUAAAAAGGGCUGCAAUGCUCAAGUAUAUAAAAGAAACUGCUAAAAGUUCAGAUUUCUGACUCAGUCAUUAGAAUAAUUGUAAUGUCACGUCAAACGAAUUGUUCUAUUGUUUAGCCAUUGUAUCCUAUAGAAUAAUGUUAGACUAUAAUGUUUGGUUUUCCGAAUACUCUAGAAAUCACGUGUUCGUGAGCCUGACACUAGUUCUCAUGAAUCAUAGGAGAGCAGGAGGAAUUAUUUACAUUAAGGAGUGAGGCUAGACUACAGUUCCCGUCAGUCGACUCUGGAUUUCGGUGGGGACAUCACUUUUAUGAAUGUGGUCAUAGGUUGAUUGUUGUACGCUUAUAAUCCUCUGUAUGCCAUUUCCCAUAUUUUAAAGCAAUCGCCAAAAUUGCUAGUCUGAGAUAUGCGACUACUGCUGCCGUGAGAUUCAAAUGUUUAUAGCAUGGCCAAAAAAUUGUCCUUCGAAGUACCGAAAAAGCUGUUGUUUACAUAGAAUAGCUGCCUCUAAUCGAUAGCGACUUAUCACAGCACACGGGCCGUUACUGUUGAUUUCUCCUUGGGGUUGAUUGAUGGGGGGUGAACGGCUAUGAAAAGGCUUUGCUCACUACACGUAGUGAACGGAUCAUUGAAUUAAAAUAUAGUAAUAAAUCUGCAAUAAGCUAAAUACGGCGAAACACGUAAUUUGUGUUGU